GGAGAGCGCACCUGGCGCGCGCCUCCCGCCGGGCGACCCUCAGUCGGCCCCGGGCGAGCCGGCGGGGCUCUUGGGAGGGGCGCGCCACGCAGUUGUAUCAACAUGCCCUCUUUCCUGUUGCUGGAAGCCAUCUGUAUUUGCCUGUUUUCCAGAGUGCCCCCAUCCCUUCCUCUCCAGGAAGUCCAUGUAAGCAGGGAGAUCAUGGGGAAGAUUUCAGCUGCCAGCAAAAUGAUGUGGUGUUCGGCUGCAAUGGACAUCCUGUUUCUGUUAGAUGGGUCUCACAGCAUUGGGAAAGGAAGCUUUGAAAGGUCCAAGCACUUUGCCAUCACAGUCUGUGACGCUCUGGACAUCAGCCCCAAGAGGGUCAGAGUGGGAGCAUUCCAGUUCAGCUCCACUCCUCAUCUGGAAUUCCCCUUGGAUUCAUUUUCAACCCAACAGGAAGUGAAGGAAAAAAUGAAGAGGAUGGUUUUCAAAGGAGGGCGCACAGAGACAGGAUUUGCUCUGAAAUACCUUCUGCGUGAAGGGUUCCCCGGAGGCAGAAAUUCCUCUGUGCCCCAGAUCCUCAUCAUCAUCACAGAUGGGAAGUCCCAGGGGCAUGUGGCACUGCCAGCCAAGCAACUGAAGGAAAGGGGCAUCAUUGUGUUUGCUGUGGGGGUCCGGUUUCCCAGGUGGGAGGAGCUACACGCACUGGCCAGUGAGCCGAGGGAGCAGCACGUACUGUUGGCUGAGCAGGUGGAAGAUGCCACCAAUGGGCUCUUCAGCACCUUCAGCAGCUCUGACAUCUGCACCACUGCCUCUCCAGACUGCAGGAUCAAUGCAUACCCCUGUGAGCACAAGACGCUGGAGACUGUACGGGAGCUUGCCGGCAACACUCUGUGCUGGAGAGGAUCACGGCGGGCCAGCGCUGUGCUGGCUACCCUCUGUCCCUUCUACAGCUGGAAGAGAGUGUUCCUGACCCACCCUACCACCUGCUCCAGGACCACUUGCCCAGGCCCCUGUGACUCGCAGCCCUGCCAGAACGGAGGCACGUGUGUUCCAGAAGGACUGAAUGGGUACCAGUGCCUCUGCCCACUGGCCUUCGGAGGGGAGGCGAACUGUGCCCCGAAGCUGAACCUGGAAUGCAGAAUCGAUGUCCUCUUCCUGCUGGACAGCUCUGCAGGCACCACCCUGGAGGGCUUCCUGCGGGCCAAGGCUUUCGUGAAGCGGUUUGUGCAGGCCGUGCUGAGUGAGGACUCUCGGGCCCGAGUGGCUGUGGCCAAGUUCAGCAGGGAGCUGCAGGUGGUGGUGCCCGUGGGGGAGUACCAGGAUGUGCCAGACCUGGUCAGGAGCCUUGACAGCAUUCCCUUCAGUGGCGGCCCCACCCUGACGGGCAGUGCCUUGCGGCAGGCGGCAGAACGCGGCUUUGGGAGCGCCACCAGGACAGGCCAGGACCGGCCACGCAGAGUGGUUGUCCUGCUCACUGAGUCGCGCUCCCAGGAUGAGAUAGCUGGCCCGGCACGUCACGUGAGGGCCCGAGAACUGCUUCUGCUGGGCGUGGGAAGUGAGGCUGUACAGGCAGAGCUGGAGGAGAUCACCGGCAGCCCGAAGCACGUGAUGGUCUAUGCAGACCCUCAGGACUUGUUCAUCCAAAUCCCUGAGCUGCAGAAGAAGCUGUGCAGCCGGCCGAGGCCAGGUUGCCAGGCACAGGCGCUGGACCUUGUCUUCAUGUUGGAUGCGUCGGCCUCCGUGGGAGCUGAGAACUUCGCUCAGAUGCAGAGUUUUGUGAGAAGCUGUAUGCUCCAGUUUGAUGUGGACCCUGAUGUGACACAGGUGGGCCUGGUGGUAUAUGGCAGCCACAUACAGACCACCUUCGGGCUGGACACCUAUCCUACCCGGGCCACAGUGCUGCGGGCCAUGAGCCAGGCCCCCUACCUAGGUGGGGUGGGCUCCGCUGGCACAGCCUUGCUGCACAUCUACGACAAGGUGAUGACCAUCCGGAAGGGUGCCCGGCCUGGUGUCCCCAAGGCUGUGGUGGUGCUCACAGGCGGGAAUGGGGCUGAGGACGCAGCCGUCCCUGCCCAGAAACUAAGAAACAAUGGCAUCUCUGUCUUGGUCUUGGGCGUGGGGCCGGUCCUGAGGGAGGCACUGCGGAGGCUUGCAGGUCCCCGGGAUUCCCUGAUCCAUGUGGCAGCUUACACUGACCUGCGGCAUCACCAGGACAUGCUCAUCGAGUGGAUAUGUGAUGAAGCCAAGCGGCCAGUCAACCUCUGCAAACCCAGCCCCUGCAUGAAUGAGGGCACCUGCAUCCUGCAGAAUGGGAGCUACCGCUGCGAGUGCCAAGAUGGCUGGGAGGGCCCCCACUGUGAGAACCAGGAGAUGCCCCCAAAGCACGUGGCCAAGAGCCUGCAGGACAGCAGCUGUACCCCUCCUAGCAACUACAGAGAAGAACUGGACACCCUGCACGCUGAAAGGGCACUUGUCGUCAGCAGAGCACCUGUCCCCUGGGUUUUCUCAGAGGAUCUGCUUCCAGCUCCCUCCAGAACUGCUAUUCUUAUCUGGGAGAAGGAUGUCCUGACUAUAUCCUUGCUGCUUAGGGAAGUGGGAGCAGCUGAUGUCACCCCCUGA